AUGGCUAGGAACAUUCUAUCCAUCUCCUUCCUCUCCCUUGGUCUGGUUGCAUCGGCCACUGCUGCCAGUUACGACUGUCGACCAGGUCAAAAGUGUUGGCCAUCAUUGAGCGAAUGGAAACAACUCAACACCAGCAUUGAUGGCCGCCUAUUUGAAACCAUUCCAAUUGCCGCUUCCUGCUAUAAAAACUCAGGAUACUAUGACCCAGACGCCUGCAAGGUUGUCGAGGACUACUAUGGUGACAGUAUUCUUCGUGGAGAGCACUUUGGACAGACCUAUUGGCUGAACUGGGAAACUUGUCAUAAUUCUGGAUGUGCGCUUCUGGAAUCUGACCCAACCGAAAUCACCUAUGGAAAUUGCUCUCUUGGUCGUCUAGCAUCAUACUAUAUUGAUGUUCAAGAACCAUCGCAUAUUGCUGCCGCAAUCAAGUUUGCAAAAACCCACAACAUCCGCAUCAGUGUGAAAAAUACUGGCCAUGACUUUUACGGAAGAUCUUCUGUUCCAAACACUCUUGCAAUCUGGACGAAAAAUCUUGAUAGCCUCACAUUCCACUCCAAUUUCACUGCUCAGAAUUGUCCCGCUUCGAACAGCCACAAUGUCGGGGAGCUUGGCGGUGGUGUUGUCGCUGGAGAUGCCUACCGCUUCUUCAAUGAUCACGGGAUGGAUGUCAUGGGCGGAUAUGAAGAAUCUGUCGGUGUCGCGGGCGGAUUUGCUCAAGGGGGAGGUGUCGGCUCAUUUACCACAACUUAUGGUCUUAUGGCUGAUAACGCCGUUGAAUUCGAAGUUGUGACUGCCGAUGGAGAGUUGCGCGUUAUCAACCAAUGUAAUGACCCUGACCUUUUCUGGGCCAUGCGCGGUGGUGGAGGCGGUACUUACGCAGUCCUCACCAAGUAUCGUGUUCAACUUUUCCCAUCACUGCCGAUCCACACCUACACCUUCACAGCAAACUUCACCAAUGCUGGACCUCACACCAAUGCGACGAAGAAUGUUGCCCUCCGUGAGAUCCUUACUGAACAUGCUAAGAAUCAGAUUGACUGGUCUGCUCAGCUUGUCACCGGCCAGAUCGAGUACUUUCCUGAGAAAUUUGCCAUCAGCUUGGUACUGCCUUAUGGCGACAAUGGCUUGAAGUUGAAGUCCGCCACCGCCAAAUUUGCGCAGUACCUCGCCAAUCGUACGGAUCUUUCCGUGUCCGCCAAUGAGUAUAGUUCCUACUCCAACUACGCCAGUUACCUGUCAGUGACGGAGGCCGAUGCCAAAAUCACCGAACCAUCUGGGAUCUUCUCUCUUCUCUCGUCACGGUUGAUACCUACAGAGGUGUUUACUGAGCAAGAGACCAUUGAUGAGUUGGUUGAAGGUGUCUUGCAGGGAAUCGCAACGGCCAGAAGUCUUUUCAAUCUCACUGGCACUCAGGUUGUCUCCGAGACGCCAGUCAGCAAUUCAAAUGCAGAUGAAUCAUCUGCCGUCAAUCCAGCAUGGAGGAAUGCUCUAUGGCAUGUGAUCCAUGUUGGCGAAUGGCUCGAGCCACUUGAUGAUGACGAGUUGAAAAUCGUUGCUGAUGGGAUGCUGCACACGGUUGAUCCUUUGAAGAACCUGAGUCCUGGUGGUGGAGCUUAUUUGAAUGAAGCAAGCUAUCUAGAGCCUGACUGGGAAUACACCUAUUUUGGUGCUUUCUAUGACAGACUUCUGGAUGUAAAGAAUCGAUAUGAUCCUACUCAUAUAUUUGAUUGUUGGAAAUGUGUCGGAUGGAGGGGAGAGUCUGAGUGA